AAACAAUUCGAUCAAAAGAAUGAACCGUUCUUCUCAUCGAUGCUUUGAAUCCAACAUCAAUAUUUUCAUGGCUAUUUUGGGCAUUGCCAUUAUAUUGAUAUUACAACAAGGUGCUGCAACAUCAAAGGCUAAAGAAGAAGUGUUGGUCUAUGACAAUGAUCCCUGCACGGCAACACCUUGUAACAGAACUGAGGAUUGCUACUCUGCAUGUUCACAAAAGGCUAAAGGAUGGGUUCCAUGGGGCUGCUUUAGCUUUAAGAAGCAAGAUCCACCUAUGUGUUGUUGCCAACCACCAGUAUGAUUAAUUGCUAUCCGAUCCCGGCCAAAUGAUAUACUAGUAUAUUCAUGGGUUCUUUCUUCCAAUGCAUUUUUGAAUUGAAUCAAAGUCUAGAAACAUUUUAAUUUACCACCAAGUGUAUGUGUUCAAUCGAUCUUCUAGAGAUGUAAGUCGGGGUGUGAUUGAGGUCUGGCUCCAAUAAUUU